UCUCUCCCUCAAAAUUCUUCAAUAAUUUAGUUCCGAUGGAGACCUCUGCCGCCGCCGACGGCGUAGAUUCCUUCUACAAGCCGCUGCCGCCGCUCUACUUCACGUUCAUGACCCUCUGGCUUCUCUCCGCCGCGUCUUGGACCUUCAACACCUACAUUAACCGCCGCUUUCAGCCAAAUAAAUUACAAUGGAUGCUAGCCUCUGUUCCCUGGAUUAAAUCUUUGCAACUUGGAUUAUCUUUCCUCUUUUGGUACACAUGUUUUUACACAAAUGUGUGCUCAUUGUGGAUGUCAUUUGGUGUAUAUAUAAUGGGAGUGCUAUUCCAAACCUCAGCCUUCAUGUCCUUCUUCCUCAUCUCCCACGGCUACUGCAUCACCUGCCACCGUCUCUCCCUCUCCGAGAGGCGAACCCUGGUCGCCCUCGGCACUGUCUUCUACUUGACUCUCAUUGGCUACAGAGGCUAUGUACCAUACUUCUCUGUGCUCUUGUUGUUUAACUACUUGGUCGUGUUCUGCGUCAUAUUCAGCCAUGUCGCGCAGAACAUAAGUGUCCUGCGCGACCAGCUCAGCUUCAUAGACCACGAGGAGGUCCAGGCAAUGUAUGAUGCUGUCUACACAAAGUACACCAUGUUCAAGAAGUUUCAAGGUGCAAUGCAUGUUGUGGCUGUAGCAGAAUUUGCGAUGUUUAUUAGUUUGGACAAUUCUUUGGAGACUUAUUGGAUUAGGUUGCUGGUGAGAGAGUGGGCGCAGUUGUUCAUCUUCUUGUACAUAGGAUGGAUAUUUAGGUCUCAACAAUUGGUACCUCGUUUCUCAGUGAUGCCCAUUUUGAGGUCUAAAGUAGAGACAGUAAUACCUCCAAUUUACAGAAUUGAAAUGGAUGCAGAGACGUUUAAAGAAUUCAGAUGUCACGAAUGGCAAAUUGGAGUGCCUAGUGUGGCAUGUAAGAGAAGUACCAACAUGAAGGAUUCUUCCGUUUUAGUAGUGAUUCAGCAUCCGCAUUUACCAAAUCCUAAACCUGGAACCCUAAACCCGGGAUGUGAAUUCACGACUACAUUUGGAUCUUUUGGACAAAUGAGAUGACUAAUUCUUGAUUAACUAACCCUAACAUAUGAUCUAUGUAAUUUUUUUGUAUCUCUAUUUUACUUUCACCUUGAAAAAAGGGUAUGUCUUGAGAUUCUAUUCACAUUUUUUUAUAGAUAUUUGUGUUUGUUUA